CUCGCUGCCAGUGCUCCCGGUGCCAAGGGUGGCGGGCACAGCACCAUGACAAGUCCGGGGGAUUUUGUGGCACUGCCCCCAGCAUGGCCCCAUCUCCAGCCUAGGCUGCUUGCAAGAUGGAAAACUUUGAGUACAGCAUCCGGCUCAAUGACCGGGACUGGGCUGAAUUCUACUUGGCCUCGGAGGAAUGCAGCUUGAUCCAGCCAGCCUUGGCCACAGCUGACGAGCCGCUCCUCAGUGACCUUGAGGAAGGGGAACUCGAGCAGAUCAGGUGGGGUGCUGUCCCGACCCAUGACACAGCCGGCUGCCUCUCCCACAUUGCCCCAGAUGCACACCUGCUCACAGAAGACUUUUUGUCUGGUAGCAAGGACGAAACAGAGCUGGGCUCAGACAGCAGAUUUCUGUGCCACGACAACCCAUCCAACACAGUUCUGUCUUCCUGGAUCCAAGAAAGCCAGCUCUCCGGUGUCACUUCGAAGCAUUUGGGAAGUCAGUUUGGAAUGGCGACACUCACUACAGAAAAUGAAGCUGCCAAGGAAAGAGACUUAGAGAUGGGAAACUGGUCCAAGAACUCUGACUGUUCCUCAGUCCCGACUAUCCAAGAAAGACACUUGCAAGAACAACGCUUGGGGAAGGAGACAAUGGAAAGACCUCUGUCUAUGACCCUGGAUGCCUCAGUGGGGAUGGAUGGCACAGCAAGAGAAAAUAGAAGUGAGACCAUCUCUUUGCAAUUGCAGCCACCACAAAAUGAUGCCUUGCAAACUACCUCUGCUAGUAGCCAAUCAUCAACAUAUGGCACGGUAGCUGCUGAAAAUGUAGAAUCCCUAUGGCAAAGAGAUCCUAUCACAUAUCCAUGUUCUCCAGGUGUUUCUUCACCAGGUCCCACCGAACUUGAAGGAAUAUCAAUAUAUGGCAUUGUAGCUGCUGAAAGAGAUCCUAUCACAUAUCCAUGUUCUCCAGGUGUUUUUUCACCAGGUCCCACCAAACCUGAAGGAAUAUCAACAUAUGGCACGGUAGCUGCUGAAAAUGUAGAAUCCCUACGGAAAAGAGAUCCUAUCACAUAUCCAUGUUCUCCAGGUGUUUCUUCACCACGUCCCAGCAAACCUGAAAGAAUAUCAACAUAUGGCAUGGUAGCUGCUGAAAACGUAGAAUCCCUACGGCAAAGAGAUCCUAUCACAUAUCCAUGUUCUUCAGGUGUUUCUUCACCACGUCCCACCAAACCUGAAGGAACCAAGAACCCUGAGAAGAGCUCCAAGGAUCUUCAGAUUGUUUCGCUGGCACAGCCAACACCAUUCCAUGAAAAACCUUCCCAACGCUAUCCAGGUACAGCUAACUGGGCACCAACUCAUCUGCUGCCAGAGAAUCCUAUUGAAGGUCCUCAAGAACGGGAAAAUAAUGGAGGGGAGAAUGCUCUAAACAGCAUAGAAACAGAUCGUAGCAAUGUCCUAAAAGAGCGAGACCAAGCUGGCCAAAAGGACCGGAGAGAAAGAGAUGUAUAA